AUGACGCAACGCAGGAUUCCUGUCAUUAGUGAGAAGCCAAUUGCUCCUGGCUCUGGCGUCUUGGGGGCAGGACCGGAGCCGGAUCUCAUCAAGCCAUGGAAACUCCCUCCCCAAAAGACAUAUAUCUUCAGAAACGCAAAUGUCGUUGAUACAGCAAACGGGAAAAUCAUCCCCAAUAGCGUUGUCAAACUAUCAGGAGGUCUAAUCAAAAUAAUUGACGAUAAAUCUGCUGAACACUCUGUAUGGUAUCCUAGCAACGCUAUUGUUGUGAAUUUGGAGGGCAAAUAUCUUUGUCCCGGACUGAUCGACUGUCACGCCCAUAUAUCCUCUGUGCCAGGAGAAGAAGGUCUUACAGCGAGUAUAGUUCAUCCCGACAUGGCCGUGUCUCACUUCCGUCAGCCUUAUAUGGCGGCGCAGGUGCUGUACCGAGGCUUCACUUCAUUGAGAGAUACUGGCGGUGCAACGCUGGCCCUGAAGGAGGCAAUAGCAGACGAUGUAUUUCCUGGGCCACGGCUUUUUAUUGCCAACAAGGCCCUCUCUCAGACUGGGGGACACGGAGACUCCAGAUCUGCCCACGAAGCGUGUUGUGGCACCACGAAUUGCCUUUCCACUGUUGUUGAUGGCGUGCCUGCUGCUAUACUAGCUACUCGAGAACAGAUCCGCCAGGGAGCGGAUUUUAUCAAGAUUAUGACCAGUGGAGGUGUCGCUUCACCGAAUGAUAAACUGGAGCAUAUCCAAUUUACAGCUGCUGAGAUUAGGGCAAUCACCGAGGUCGCAGAGACGUACAACACAUACGUGACUGCCCAAGCCUAUACACCUCGAUCAAUCAGGCAUGCUGUGGACAAUGGCGUUAAAGGAAUCGAGCAUGGCAAUCUCAUUGACAAAGAAACGGCCGAGUACAUGGCGAAAAACAAUGUGUGGUUUACUCCUACGCUUGUCACCUACCAUGCUAUGGGCUCCGAUAAAUACGCUGGGUUUCUGCCACCAGCAAACCGCGAAAAGAACCUUCAAGUUCUGGAGCAAGGUCUUCAAUCUCUACGCCUAGCAGACGAAGCCGGAGUUACCAUUUGCCAUGGAUCCGAUCUGUUAGGGCCUCUGUGGGUGGAGCAGAGCAAGGAAUUCGGGAUCCGGGCACAGGCGUUGAGUGCCACAAAGAUUCUCCAGGGGGCCACUGUUAAUGCUGCGAGGAUGUUGAAGCAGGAGAAUUUCUUGGGCCAGAUUAAAGAUGGGUUUGCCGCAGAUAUCUUGGUACUGAAUGCCAAUCCACUGGACGACAUAACGAUUUUAGAUGAGCCAGAGAAGAAUAUUCUUGCAGUGCUGAAGAAUGGCCGAGUGUAUGAGAGCCGGUGGACAAAGUUAGAGGAAGAUGUUAUCCGGUCUCAGACAGUGAUUGAGUGA